GAAGCCAAAAGUAAAAAUGUGCACUUGUAGCCAGACUCCAAGGGACUGCAUGACAACUUGCGAGACAAGCCAACCUGCUUCUGAAAGCCAGGUGAGCUGAGGUGGGUGGGGUUUGUUACUGUAGCUGUCAGCCGAGCAAACAGAGCAGGUACAACAGGCUAUUCGUUUGUACAGAGUUCACGAAUCCAGACCUUUAGCACUUACCGGCUUAUGCUGGAGAGAGUACCGACACCAGGACUGACAGAAGGUUUUAACUUUUUAAGCUGGUUUUAAGUUUCUUGCCUCUGAUUAAUCAGGAAAACCAGGAUUCCUUUUCGCCAGUUAUGAAGUAAAGAAGAAGCCUGCUGCACACAGAGGCUCAGAGGGGUUCUCACAUCCAUGGAGUCCAAUCUGUCAUGCCUGUCUUCACUUGAAGAGGACUAUCCAGAUUACAUUCAGCCACACUAUAAAGAAUCCUAUCGUCUAGCCAUUUAUGCCCUACUAUGUGGCGGCAAAGAAGCCUAUGAAGAGUUCCUUCGAGCUGAGCAGAUCAACCACUUCCUUUCAGAGGAAGAGACUGUGUUCAUUUUGGAAAAUGCAGAGGUACCGGUUGUGGAGGAUGAUUCAGAAGGGAGACGCAGCACAGACGAGGUCAGGGCCUCCACCUAUUUCCCAAUUGAGUCGGAUGAGGAGGUGCCAGACUUGGAUUUGGGCUGGCCAGAGGUUGCGCUGGAGGGUAUAGAGACCAGCAUUAGCCUGCUGUUUCACCCACCCAGACAAAACACACCAACAAUUAAAGAGGUGGUUCGGAAGCAGAUUCAGGCUGCGCAGAAGCUUAUUGCCAUUGUAAUGGAUGUCUUCACUGAUGGCGACAUUUUCAAAGAACUCAUCAAUGCGAUACAGAGGGGAGUGGUGGUCUACAUCCUUCUGGAUGAUUCCCAUGUCAAGAGCUUCCUCAAAAUGGCACACAACAUGGAGAUUAAUAUUCAAGAGCUCAAGAACCUUCGUGUCCGGACGGUUCAGGGGCCAGAGUAUCAGUGUCGCUCGGGGUUUAAGUUUCAUGGAGGUUUGGAACAGAAGUUUAUACUUGUGGACUGCCAGACAGUUAUGUAUGGAACAUACAGCUACACAUGGACUUUUGAGAAAAUCAACCUGAGUAUGGUCCUGGUUGUCACAGGCCAACUGGUUUCCACUUAUGACGAAGAGUUCAGAAGACUCUAUGCUCGCUCCACAACUUCUUCAGUCUUGCUUAAUGGGCGGCCACCUGUUCUGUACCUCAAAGAUACUUUGGCUCUGGAGAGCCCAAACUCCAGCCAGCUUUCUCUUAAUAUGAUUCACAGGAGAUCCAGGGUGAUGCACGGCAUGAGAAGUGCUCAGGACAACAGGUUCAACAAUUCUGGCACAAUGACCAGAGGCUUGAGUGUCCAGGAUAGGCUCCAUCAGUAUGACUAUACUGAAAUGGGGAACCUAGUGAAAGGACACAGUUAUGGGGGCGAGCUGCAAAAGGUAAACUCCAUGACUCGGCUAAGGAUGGGAACUAAAGACAUUGGAGUCCCUGGGAGAAGUGGAUCUAAACCGAGGGGAGGUGGGGAGGCGCUUCUACCAAACCGGAUGUCACACCAUCACCUCCGGCACCAGACACGUUACGGUGCAGACCAAAACCUGAUACCAUUCAACUCAGAAACAUCACUCCACCGCUGGAAGAUUGAUUCUUAUCUUAAUGAGAAUGAGAUGCGUCCAGAUGCGUCAUGUGAUGCGAUCUCGCCUGUGACAUCUCCAUAUAGCAGUCACACAGGCUUAAAUGAUUAUCAGUCACAGCUCAUUCACAGCAGGUCGAGAGAUAUUAAGUCCAGAAUGGAAGAAACACGGCAAAAGAGGUUCAGUUUGCAGGACUAUAGCAAUUUCAGGCAAAGCCAAGAGUCUUUGAGGUCCAUGUAUCUGAAUGCAGAAACAUCCAAACUGAUGUCUUCAUUAAGAGGCCUGGAUGUAAGGCAGAGUAUCACAGAAUUGGAGCCAGUGGCACAAGAAAGCUGCAGCCAGGAAAACAGGGAGCUCAAGAAGCGAGGUAACAAAAGAGAGCCAUUGCUCACUGAUGGACAGCGUCCUGCCUCUCACCAUGAUGUGGUUUCAGAUGGAAAAACAAUGCAGACAUACGAUUGCCGUGAGCCUCUAUCCAAGACAACAUCAACUGCUGAUUUAGACCAGAAAAUGAGUGAUGCACCACUCAAGCUUUCUCAUUUACAGUCCAGCAGUGUUAGCAUUCAGCAUCCGAGAGCAAUGGAAUCUUUGACUGAGGUCCCUGAAGAAAAAGACACUCACUUGGACCCAGCACUUAAAGUCAGACAUCAGAUUUGCAAAGAUGAGGAGCUUGUUCCUAAGAACUCUGUAAAAUCUCCAGAAAGAGAAAUUCAGGAUCAAGCCGCAGGAAAGCAUUAUAGGGUGGCCAAAAGCACAGGCUCAGGUGCUCCAAGGCAAGGAAAGCAAUCCAUUUCUAAUGAAGCUGAAACUUCUCUGGAAGUCUUUAAUCCAUCUACAGGACCUCAGCAGGCAGUGGAGGAUAAGGGCAGUCACACAGAAAAAGGGGAAACACAGCCAGAAGAUGUAACGCUACAGAGAAAACAUUCCAUGAAAAUGAAAGUGCCUACGUCAGAUGAAAAGAAAAUUUCCAAAAAAGAAGAGAAGUCACUCCAAAGAAGGACCUCAGGAGUAAGCCAGCCACUGAAGGCAGCCCAUUCCCUGGCACCUGAUGCAGUGCACACAACAAAAAGCCAGUCACUGAGCAUGUCCAGUUUGCAGAGCUCCCUUACUAGUUCAUCAGAGACAGAAAAGAAUAAAUCUCCACUGUCAAGAUUUUCUCCUCUGCGUUUGAGCAAAAAGAAGAUGGCCCUUGCAGCAGAGCAAGACUCAAAGGGCACUCUGGGUGACGAAAGAGAGACUUUAUAUCAGAGACCAAAAGACAAAGCCUACAGUCGGUAUGAGUUUUUGCUUAGCAACGAAAAUCUACGUCUGGAUAAGUCAAAGAAGAAGGCAAAUUCAUAUUCAUCAGACAAAGAGAGAAUCUCUUCCCUGCAUAGGCGCGAGUCUGGCCGUCAAGUGAAUCAGACACAGAGCAGCUCUGAUAACAAACUGGAGCGAUUCAUGCAGCGAGUUGGAAAUCUAAUAAACAAGAACAAGUAGCGAAGAAGAAGGCCAACAUGGUCAGAAAUGAAGGCAAAGUUUAUGCGUGUUACAUGUUUUGCGUGUUCUACUUCCGGCGCCCCCCGUGUGCGGCAGUCUGUUACAGCAGCUCUGCUUAUUCUGAGUUUCUUUCUUUCUUAUCUUUUUUUCUUCUCGUAAUUUUUAUAA